GUGAUUUUGUGUUACAAUUCACUCGAUAUGCUUUGCUGACCUCUUCCCUGCUGUACAGCUUUACUGGAGCCGAUCUAAGCACGUGCCUUCUAGGCGGGGAAAAUGACUCGACAGAAUUAGGCAGUGCACGCCUAAAACUGCAGGAGCUCAUAACGCGGCACCGCUCCGCUACGCGUCUCGGACUUCUGGUCUUGACGAUCAAUACUACUGUGGCAAUGGCAAGGUAGCGACUGGGAUAGCUGGGUUCCAUGUCAACGGAGAAUAUGAGCGUCCCGGGCUGGUAUAUAGAGCUAUGGUGGCAAGCCCUCUGGUCUGCAUCCAAACCUCCCAUAUCUUACACUCCACGGUAAUUCCUUCUUUCUGCCGUCCAUCAUGCGUUCUGUACUAUCUCUUGCCACCAUCGCCCUUCUCGCCCGUUCCGCAUAUGGGAUAUCAUGGGCGCUCACCCUGCCAAACGACAACAGCUGGGUACAGCUGGGCUACACUCUAACCGUCCCUCCCCCUCCUCCGGCAAACGUCACCCAAGGGCCGUGGUACUUCUGGUGCGGGCUGCAGCCGAACGGCGGCGGGGUCAUCCAGCCUGUCCUAGGGUGGAGGGCAAGCGAAGGCACCAGCGUCAACCCCAACACCUCCUUCCCACAAGUGUGGGCAAUGAAUCUCUGGUCCCUCCCCUGGAACUUCGGCGAAGACAACGCUCCUCCCGCUCAGGAAAGCUCGGGUAUAUGGGCGGACCAAGGGUCGCAGAUCGCCUCCUUCGUCCAGUGGCAGGGCGAUCAGUGGUACCAACAGGCGGAUGCCAUCUCCGGUGCUGCUGUAGGCCAGUCGGUGGAGAUGUUCACCCCUGCCAGCUACUUCGUGGGUGAGAACUCCACAACGGCCAAUACACCCAUGACAGCAUGCGAAUCCGAUCUGGACGGCGACCAAACAGACCUAUGGGACUUUAGCGUCACCUUCACCGACGUCUACUUCCGAGCUGCGACCUCGGACGGCGUAGAAGACCUCUGCGGCUCCACGUCUGACCACUCGGACGUGAACGGCUUUAUCAGCUUUACGGGCUUCUCGAUGUUGAA